UUACACAAAUUUUUCAUCACCUCCACCAUUCUUCACCCCUUCUCCUUUCUCGUUCCUCCAAUUUUCACCAUUUUCUUCUUUUUCGUAGCUUCCCGAAAUACAACACCAUUAAACAAAUAGUAAGCCAAACCAAAGCAAAGCAAAUCAAAUCUAAUCCAACUUUUGCUCAUCAGGUGAACAAGUGUUAAGAGCAGCAAUUUAAUUUAAAUAUGGAAGGAGAGACUUUAGUCAGUACUGAAAUCCCAGUGAAGGAUGCUGUUGAGGACACUGAAAGUGUGAAGGCCUCAAACGGAGACUUGCCUCAAGUAGUAGGAAAGAAAGAAGAGGAAGAAACCACCUUUGAUGGAGAGUUCAUUAAAGUGGAGAAGGAAGCACUGGAUACGAAGGAUGGUUCUAAUGUGGCUAAGCCUGCAUCCGUGCAGGAUAAUGAGCUAACCAUCAAGGAAAGAAGCUUAAGCAAUUCAAGUAGAGAACUUCUUGAAGCCCAAGAAAAGAUGAAGGAACUCGAGCUUGAAUUUGAAAGAUUGACUGGAGCAUUAAAGCAGUCUGAAUCAGAAAAUAGCCGGCUGCAGGAUGAGGUUUUGCUUGCAAAGGAUAAGUUGGAUGAAGGGGGAAAGAAAUACAAUGAACUUGAUCUCAGUCAUAAGAAAUUGCAAGAGCAGAUCAUUGAAGCUGAGCAGAGAUACAGUUUACAGCUAACCAAUUUGCAAGAGGCUUUGCAAGCUCAAGAGGCAAAACAGAAGGAACUCACUGAAGUGAAGGAAGCAUUUGAUGGUCUCAACAUUGAGAUUGAUAUCUCAAGAAAGAGGAUGCAAGAUUUGGAGCAGGAUCUGCAGAGUUCUGCAGAAGAGGCAAGGAAGUUUGAAGAACUGCACAAACAAAGUGGCUUUCAUGCUGAGUCUGAGACCCAGAGGGCAUUGGAGUUUGAGAGAUUGCUUGAAACUGCAAAACUUAGUGCAAAAGAAAUGGAAGAUCAGAUGGCUUCCCUGAAGGAAGAACUCAAGGCCGUGAAUGAGAAGGUUGCAGAAAACCAGAAGGUCAACGCAGCACUUCAAAGCACUACAGCAGAACUUUCUGCUGCUCAGGAGGAGUUGGCACUUUCUAAGUCACUAGUGUUGGACUUGGAGCAAAGACUAGCAUCAAAGGAAGCUCUUGUCAGUGAACUGACUCAAGAGUUGGACCUGACAAAGGCUUCAGAAUCCAAGGUGAAGGAAGAUAUCUCAACUCUUGAGAACAUUUUUGCUGCAAGUAAAGAAGAUCUGCAAGCAAAGGUUUCCGAGUUGGAAGACAUCAAGUUGAAACUGGAGGAGGUAGCGAAAGCAAGGGAAUUGGUUGAAGCUGGGCUGAAGGACAAAGAAGUACAGGUGUCGAUUGUACAGGAAGAAUUAAGUAAAGUGCUAAAAGAAAAAGAAGCUCUAGAAACAGCUGCAGUAGAUCUCAACACUAAUGCAGCACAGAUGAAGGAGCUGUGCAGUGAACUUGAAGAAACACUGAAGGUUUCAAAUGAGAAUUUCUGCAAAACUGAUUCUCUUUUGUCUCAGGCUCUGUCUAAUAAUGAGGAGCUUGAGCAGAAACUGAAAUCUCUAGAAGAGCUCCAUAAUGAAUCUGGAGCUGCUGCAGCAACUGCUACUCAAAAGAAUCUUGAGCUGGAGGAUAUACUUCGAGCUUCAAAUGAAGCAGCAGAAGAUGCAACAUUGAAACUGAGGGAGCUUGAGGCACGCUUUAUAGCAGCUGAGCAGAGGAAUGUGGAGCUUGAACAACAGUUAAAUUUAUUAGAAUUGAAAGGGUUUGAAGCUGAGAAAGAACUGAAAGAAUUCUCUGGGAAAAUAUCUGAACUCACCACAAAGUUGGGAGAGGUUGAGGAAGAAAAGAAACUGCUGAACAAUCAAAUGCAGGAGUACCAGGAGAAGGUAGCAGAGCUAGAGUCAGCUCUAAACCAGUCAACAGCUCGGAACUCAGAGCUUGCAGAGGAGUUGAAGAUCGCUGUGGAGAGAAGUGCUGAACAUGAGGACCGAGCUAAUAUGAGUCAUCAGCGCAGCCUUGAGCUAGAGGAUCUGUUCCAGACAUCUCAUUCCAAAUUAGAGGGUGCCGAUAAGAAGGUGAAAGAGUUGGAGUUGUUACUUGAAGCAGAGAAGUACAGGAUUCAGGAACUUGAGGAACAGAUAAGCAAAUUAGAAAAAAAAUGUGAGGAUGCUGAAGAUGAGUCCACGAGAUACUCAGGACAGAUAUCUGAACUUGCAUCCGAACUGGAGGCAUUCCAAACUAGGGCAUCAAGCCUUGAAAUUGCAUUGCAAAUGGCCAAUGAGAAGGAAAGGGAAUUGACAGAGUGCUUGAAUUUAGCAACAGACGAGAAGAAAAAGUUAGAAGAGGCAUCCCAUGACUCCACCGGGAAGCUUGCCGAAGCAGAAAAUCUAGUGGAAAUAUUGCGGAGUGAUUUAAAUAUGACACAGCAGAAGUUGGAAAGCAUUGAAAAUGAUCUUAAGGCUGCCGGUUUCAGAGAAAGCGAGGUAAUGGAAAAGCUCAAAUCUGCUGAAGAGCAACUAGAGCAACAUGUAAGAGUAAUAGAGCAAGCUAGUGCAAGAAACUUGGAGCUUGAAUCAUCACAUGAAUCCUUAACAAGGGAUUCAGAACUUAAGCUCCAACAAGCAAUGGAAAACUUCACCAACAAGGAGUCAGAGGCCAAAUCUCUGUUUGAGAAACUUAAAAUUUUUGAAGAUCAGGUAAAGGUUUAUGAAGAACAGGUUGCUGAAGCAGCUGGAAAGUCCACAUCUCUAAAAGAAGAAUUGGAUCAGAGUUUAAUAAAGCUGGCUUCUUUAGAAAGCAAUAAUGAACAGCUCAGAAAAGAGAUAUUGGAAGCAGAAAAUAAAGCUGUUCAGUCUUCCUCAGAGAAUGAACUUUUAGUUCAGACAAACAUUCAGCUCAAGAGCAGAGUUGAUGAACUUCAGGAAUUGCUUAAUUCAGCUGUUUCUGAGAAGGAAGCAACUGCUCAAGUAGUUGCUUCUCAUAUGUACACAAUUAGAGAAUUAUCAGAUCAGCAUACAAGAGCCUCAGAACUUCGAGCUGAAGCUGAAGCCCAAAUCGUGGAAGCAGAAGCACAGUUACAUGAAGCUAUUGAGAAAUACGCUAAGAAAGAAUCAGAAGCCAAUGAAUUGAUUGAAAAGCUAAAUUUGCUUGAAGGCCAAAUUAAAACAUAUGAAGAACAAGCUCAUGAAGCAUCCACAUUAGCUGUAUCUCGAAAAGUUGAGGUGGAAGAGACUCUUGUUAAAUUAAAGCAACUGGAAAGGUUUGUUGAGGAACUGGAAACCAAGUCUGCUCACUUUGAAAAGGAGAGUGGAGGACUAGCUGUGGCAAAUUUGAAGCUGACUCAGGAACUCGCCAUGCAUGAGUCAAAACUUAGUGAUUUGGAGGGCAAACUGUCUGCAGUCGUGAUAGAGAAGGAUGAAACAGCUGAACAACUUCACAGUUCAAGGAAGGCUAUAGAAGAUUUAACACAACAGCUUACUUCUGAAGGGAAGAGAUUAGAAUCUCAGAUUUCUUCGCUGAUGGAGGAGAGUAACCUGCUCAAUGAAACACAUCAAAAUACAAAGAAGGAACUUCAAUCUGUAAUAUUACAGCUUGAAGAGCAAUUGAAAGAAGAAAAAGAAAACAAAGAAUCUUUACAAUUGGAGAUUAAAAAUCUCAAGGCUAAGAUUGCCGAGAGUUCCGUGCUGCAAACUCGUGUCAGAGAUCUUGAAGGACAGUUGGUGACUGUUGAAACUCAAUUGAAAGAAGAGGUUGAAAGUGUUAAGACGGCUGCCUCUGUCAGAGAGGCAGAAUUAACUUCAAAAUUAGAGGAUCAUGCACAAAAAAUCAGUGAUAGAGAUGCUAUCAAUGAACAAGUGCUUCAACUGCAAAGAGAUCUACAACUUGCUCAGAUAACUAUUACUGAACAGAAAGAAGCAGAUUCUCAGAAAGAGUUGGAACGAGAAGCAGCUUUAAAGCGUUCCCUUGAUGAGCUUGAAGCCAAAAAUAAAGAAGCAUUACUUCUCGAGGAGCAGGUCAAAAAGUUGGGAGAAAAGUUGCAACUGGCUGAAGCCAAAGUGAAGGGUGAUGGGAGUGCGGCUGAGUCCAAGGAUGGAGUAGAGGUCAAAUCCAGGGAUAUUGAUGGAUUAACUUUUUCAGCACCAUCAAAACGUAAGAGUAAGAAAAAGUUGGAAGCAGCUUCUGUGCAAGCUGCCUCCUCCUCCUCAGUUACCCACACUGAGGAGGCUUCUCCUUUGACAAGCUUGAAGUUCAUUUUGGGAGUAGCCCUUGUGUCAGUGAUCAUUGGUGUUAUCUUGGGAAAGCGUUAUUAGGUUAGGUGUCGUGGUUCUUGGUUGAUUUUUCUUUUUGUAUUUUUCCUUCUUCAUAUAAGUCAUGCACAGCAGAAAGGAAAGCUUUAUUUUGUGUAUGCUUUCUUGCUCAGAUUUUGAGGUUGGUUGGGGAACUUGUUUUCAUUCCUUCCCUUGCCCUGUUUGUCAAAGCACAGUUGGUUUAUGUUAUCAUCAUUCAAGUUUGUAUUCCGUAAA